AUGAAGAUCUUUGAGGAGAAGUGUGUAAGUGCAGCAGCAGAUGUGGGAAAUGCAUUGGCCAUGCAACAGUCUUUCAAAGAACUGAAAUGUAAGCCUGUUCUUGUUGUCAAGAAUUACUGCAGAUCGGAAUUCCCACCUCCUGGUUCUUUUAAACUUAAUGUAGAUGGAGCUUUAUCUUCAAAUGGUUUAAUUGCUGGAGUUGGAGUAAUUCUAAGGGAUUCAAAGGGGGAAGUUAUGAUGUCUGCAGCAAAAAAGGAACAAGGUGGGUUGAAUGCAGUGGAGAUUGAGGGAUUGGCUAUCCUGCAUGGUCUUCAGUUUAGUAAUCACCUUGGUAUUCAUAAUCUAGUGAUUGAAAGUGAUUCCUUGUUAGUAGUUAAUGAGUUUGCUAGACAAGGAUCUUCAAAGGCAGCAAUUGGAAACACUAUUAAGCAAGCUAAGGAACUGAUGAGGCGCUUUAGUUCUUGUGUGGUUCAAUAUGCCAAUAGAAGCUUCAAUGCAGCAGCUCACUCUCUUGCCAAGUUUGGUUUAUGUGUUAAGAAUAUUAGUUUAUGGUGGGGUUCAUUCCCUGAUGUAAUUUCUAAUAUCCUUUGGAUUGAUUCUCUUGUAGAAGUUUUGGUUCUUGAUGAAUGA